UCUGAACAAAUAGGAAAAGCUCUGGGCGCACAGCACAGCUUGAGAGGUCUGGACAGCGCCGCAACUACACUGCCACUCAAAGUCGCACUUGGACACGCAAAAAAGAAGACUUCUGCGCCUGAAGAUGCCCCUUUCAAGCAGCUCCACGUCCUCCACGAAGAGCAUCCGCAGAGCAGCGUCAGAGCUGGAGAGGUCCGACUCCAUCACGUCAAGGUUUCUCGGUAGGCGGCAAAGCUUGAUCGAGGACGCGCGCAAGGACCGGGAAGCCGCCGCAGCAGCGGCAGAGGCGGCAGAGGCCAGUGAGCUCAUCGUGUUCGAGGAGGACAACGGAAAAGCCCUGCUCAACAUCUUCUUCACUUUAAGGAGCUCCAAGACACCUGCACUGUCGCGGACACUCAAGGUUUUUGAGACAUUCGAAGCUAAGAUUCGACAUUUGGAGACGCGACCGGGCCGGAAGCUAAAGGACAGCCUGGAAGGCCUGGAGUACUUCGUCCGCUGUGAGGUGCACCUAUCAGACGUCAUAUCUCAUAGUCCAACAAGAGGAAAAGCAGAGGACGUUUUUGACAAAUGUCAUCAUCUGGUCACAAAAUUUGAUCCAGACUUGGAUCAAGACCAUCCUGUAAGUAACCACUUUUCCCAGUAUGAGGAGAAAGCCCUCUGUCUGCUGGAAAGGCAUUGUGGGUACAGUCCAGACAACAUUCCCCAGUUGGAAGACGUGUCAGCUUCCUUAAAAGGGGAAGACGGAAAAGAAACAAUGAAAAAACUCCCGGGUUCCUUCGCGUCCAGUGGCAGGUUGCCCUCACUAGAGAAAUUUUCCCGGCCCUUUGGCAUUUGGGGGGUUCCAGUGCACCCAGGACCAGAAAUCCUCCCCCCCUACAUCCCGGAGCCCGACUGUGUCCAUGAACUGCUGGGCCACGUCCCCAUGCUGGCCGACCGCACCUUUGCCCAGUUUUCACAGAGUCUUGGUCUGGCAUCACUUGGAGCUUCAGAUGAAGAUAUUGAGAAACUGUCCACACUGUACUGGUUCACUGUGGAGUAUGGCUUGUGUAAGCAGAAUGGUGAGGUGAAGGCUUACGGAGCUGGACUGCUCUCCUCUUACGGAGAGCUUGUGCACUCGCUGUCUGAUGAACCAGAGACCAGGGAGUUUGAACCAGAGGCUGCGGCACUGCAGAGCUAUCAAGACCAGACGUACCAGCCGGUCUACUUCGUUUCGGAGAGUUUUGCAGACGCCAAGGAGAAAUUCAGGAGGUACGUGGCCGGCAUCAAGCGUCCCUUCUCCGUGAGGUUCGACCCGUACACCAGCAGCGUCGAGGUUCUGGACAACCCGCUGAAGAUCCAAGGGGGCCUGGAGGGCGUGAAGGACGAGCUCAAGAUGCUGACAGAUGCCCUCAGCGUUCUGUCCUGAUGAUGCCCCCCCCCCCCCGUUCCCCCUGCCGUCGUCUGCUUCCCUCUCCGCCGCUCUCGGAGGCGUCCGGCGUGUCGUCGAGACCAGUGUGAUCAUCUUUCUGUGCCGUACCUCCAGUAUGAUGCUCUUCCGACAAGGUUGCAACCAUUGAAAACCUAAAAACACAGCGCGUGCGGGCAAAGUUUAGAGGUUUAAUAUCUCGCUGGAUAUGGAUCCAUUUGUGAAAUAAUAAGGUUUUACAGACCGUUCAUGCUUUUAAAGCAAAGUGUGUUGUUGUCAAAUGCUGAACCAAAAUCCAAGGGAACUGUGGUAAUGAAUGUAUAAAAUCAAACUAAAUGGGUAUAGUAUAAUUAUUUUAAAAUCCAAAAAAACUAAUUAUAAAAUACAUAUUAAAGGGUAUAUAUAUUUAAACCAGUUAUUUUAAUUAGAGUAAUGAUGUAUCUUUGGUGUGUUAAAGGCUUUCCUUUCCAGAUAUGUGAAUUCAGUAUUUUAUUAUUACCUCUAAAGUUGCUGAUUUACAGUUUUCAUGGUCUUUUUUGUCUUGCAGUGUAUGCACAUGAUA